CGCUCAGCCACUGAAAAAGCGUUUUGUAGUAGGGCUAGUAGCUGGUUCACAGUGUGAUCACGGCCAUGGCACCACCGUCCCCCGCGUUGAGCUCCAUUCAGCACGACGGCCGACGGCCGCAUGUCGUCUUCGUCCCGAGCGCCGGCAUGAGCCACCUAACCCAGUUCGUCCGCUUCAUCGUUGCUCUGUCCAGCCACGACGUCGACAUCUCCGUGGUGACCGUCUUCCCGACCGUGUCGGACGCCGAGGCCAACCACUUCGCCGCGCUCUUCAAGGAAUUCCCCAGCAUCCGCCGCCUCGACUUCGACCUGCUUCCGUUCGACGCCUCCGAGUUCCCCGGAGGCGACCCGUUUUUCCUCCGCUGGGAGGCCCUGCGCCGCUCCAUGCACCUUCUUGGCCCCAUCAUCGCCGGCGUCACCCCACGCGUCACGGCCAUCGUCACCGAUGUUACCUUGGUGUCACACGUCAACCCCAUUGCCAAGAACCUGCAACUCCAGUGCUACGUGCUGUUCGUCGCCUCCGCGACCAUGAUGUCCCUCAACUCCUACUUCCCCAUCUACCUUGACAACAAGGACGCCGAGGCUGACGUUGGCGACGUCGACAUCCCCGGCGUGCGUCGCAUCGCAAGGUCCUGGCUGCCGCAGCCGUUGCUCGACCUGAACAAGAUCUUCACGAAGCAGUUCAUCGAGAACGGCAGAGAGAUCGUCAAGACUGACGGCGUUCUGAUCAACACGUUCGACGCCCUGGAGCCUGUGGCCCUCGCCGCCCUUCGGGACGGCAAGGUCGUCCCCGGUUUCCCGUCGGUCUUCGCCGUCGGCCCGUACACCUCCCUAGCCAACGAGAAGAAGGACGCCGGUGCAGAGGGAGAGGACUGGAUACUUUCUUGGCUUCGCCAGCAGCCGGCGCGCUCGGUGGUGUACGUCGCCUUCGGCAGCCGUUCCACCGUGAGCCACGAGCAGCUCCGGGAGAUCGCCGCGGGGCUGGAGGCCAGCGGCUGCCGGUUCCUAUGGGUACUCAAGACCACGGUGGUGGACCGCGACGACAGGGACAGCCUCCGGGACGUGCUCGGCGAUGGGUUCCUGGAGCGCGUGCAGGGGCGCGGCGUGGUGACCAAGGCCUGGGUGGAUCAGGAGGCGGUGCUCAGCCACCCGGCGGUGGGGCUGUUCCUGAGCCACAGUGGGUGGAGCUCGGUGACUGAGGUGGCCGCGGCCGGCAUGCCGCUGCUAGCGUGGCCGCGUCUCGGCGACAACCGCGUGGCCGCAGCGGUGGUGGCGAGCAGCGGCGCCGGGGUGUGGAUGGAGCACUGGAGCUGGGACGGGGAGGAGUGGCUGGUGAGCGGGGAGGAGAUCGGCGCGAAGUUGAAGGAGAUGAUGGCGGACGGCGCCGCGCGGGAGAAGGCGGCGAAGGUCCGCGAGGAGGCGGCCAAGGCCGUCGCUGAGGGGGGCAGCAGCCACACCAGCAUGCUCGAGUUUGUUGCCAAGCUCAAGGCCACUUAAUUAAUUACGGUCAUAUAUGCAUCUAAAUAAAUAAACCAAAUAAACCAAACAUUCACCCAUAAAAUAAACGCAGCAGCUCGAACCUCUGCAUUGUACGCUAUACCUGACAAAAAAAAACCACUCGAGAUGCUAGUACCUGAAAAAAAAGUUUGAUCUCCUCUCUAA